GGAACAAGUGCAGAACAGGACAAUCGCUUCAGCAACAAGCAGAAGAAGCUGUUGAAGCAGCUGAAAUUUGCAGAAUGCUUAGAAAAGAAGGUGGACAUGAGCAAAGUAAAUCUGGAAGUAAUCAAACCAUGGAUAACAAAACGAGUAACAGAAAUCCUUGGAUUUGAAGAUGAUGUAGUAAUUGAAUUUAUAUUCAACCAGUUGGAAGUGAAGGCCUGAACCAAAAUGGAAGUUAUUCCUUGCGUCUGAAGUAUAGCACCAUCACCUUAUUAGGUCACAGCAGAGUGAGUGUCCAAUGUCGCUCUGACCCAACUCCCUUGAUGAUGCAGUGUGUGUUUGGAGAACCCGGAUUCCAAAAUGAUGCAAAUCAACCUGACUGGUUUUUUGAAUGGGAAAAAUGCUAGGGAGUUCAUGGGAGAACUGUGGCCACUGCUGUUAAGCGCGCAAGAAAACAUUGCUGGUAUUCCAACUGCGUUUCUGGAACUGAAGAAAGAAGAAAUAAAACAGCGACAGAUAGAGCAAGAGAAACUGGCUUCUAUGAAGAAACAAGAUGAAGACAAGGAGAAGAGGGAUAAGGAAGACAAAGACAACAGAGAAAAAAGAGACAGAUCCAGGAGUCCGAGAAGACGCAAAUCAAGGUCUCCUUCCCCUCGAAGGAGGUCGUCGCCUGUCAGAAGAGAGCGGAAACGCAGCCAUUCUCGCUCCCCUCAUCACAGAACCAAGAGCCGUAGUGCUACUCCUGCACCAGAAAAGAAAGAGGCGACUCCUGAGCCAGAACCCUCUGUGAAACCAAAGGAGACUGUUGUUCAAGAGGCAACUUCAAACAGUGAUAUCCCAAAAGCUCCUAAACCUGAACCUCCUGUACCAGAGAUUAAGGAAACUUCACCAGAACGUAAUUCAAAGAAGGAGAGAGAGAAGGAAAAAGAGAAGACUCGUCAAAGAUCCCCAACUCGGUCCAAGUCAAGGUCAAGAUCUCGAUCACGUUCUCCAUCUCAUUCUCGACCAAGAAGGCGUCAUAGAUCACGGUCAAGGUCUUACUCCCCUAGAAGGCGACCAAGCCCAAGACGACGGCCAUCUCCAAGGAGAAGGAGCCCUCCGAGGCGAAUGCCUCCCCCACCCAGACACAGAAGAAGCAGAUCCCCUGUGAGGCGGAGAAGACGGUCAUCAGCAUCCUUAUCUGGCAGUAGCUCUUCCUCCUCCUCCUCACGUUCCCGAUCACCACCAAAGAAACCACCUAAAAGAACUGUAUCCAGUCCUCCUCGUAAAACGCGUAGGCUCUCUCCUUCGGCAAGCCCUCCUAGGCGGAGGCACAGACCAUCCCCACCAGCAAGUCCACCUCCAAAACCACGUAGGUCUCCAACACCCCAGCAGUCGAAUCGUGCAAGAAAAAGCCGUGGCUCUGUUUCGCCUAGCAGAACAUCAGCACCCAAACAUAAGAGUUCCGAAAAAAGAGAAUCUCCUUCGCCAGCACCAAAACCAAGGAAAGCAGAACUGUCUGAAUCAGAGGAAGAUAAAGGUGGUAAAAUGGCUGCAGCAGACUCUGUUCAACAGAGGCGUCAGUACAGAAGGCAAAAUCAACAGUCUUCAUCUGAUUCUGGUUCUUCAUCUUCAUCUGAAGAGGAAAGACCUAAAAGAUCCAAUGUGAAGAAUGGGGAAGUUGGUAGACGCCGACGCCAUUCACAUUCACGCAGUCCAUCACCGUCUCCACGAAAACGACAGAAGGAAUCCUCCCCUCGUAGGAGGAGGAGAAGUCCAUCGCCCCCACCAGCCAGGCGGCGACGCUCUCCUUCACCUGCCCCUCCUCCUAGGCGGCGGCGGUCACCUUCAUUACCUCGUCGAAGGUCUCCAUCACCACCCCCACGCAGACGCUCACCUUCUCCGCGGAGAUACUCUCCACCGAUACAGAGACGAUAUUCUCCUUCUCCACCACCUAAGAGAAGAACGGCUUCUCCUCCUCCCCCGCCUAAACGAAGGGCAUCACCUUCUCCACAGUCAAAACGCAGAGUCUCCCAUUCACCACCGCCAAAACAAAGGAGCUCGCCAGCUGCUAAAAGGCGUUCACCUUCGCUAUCUUCCAAGCACAGGAAGGGAUCUCCUCCCAGUAGGUCCAAUCGGGAAACACGUUCUCCACCACAAAACAAAAGGCAUUCACCUUCACCACGGCCUAGAGCUUCUCAUACCUCUGCAAGCCCACCACCACCACGAAGGGGAGCUUCAGCUUCACCCCAGAGAAGACAGUCUCCAUCUCCAAGCACUAGACCCAUCAGGAGGGUGUCAAGAACGCCAGAACCUAAGAAGACAAAGGCUUCCACGCCAAGUCCACGAUCUGCGAGACGGGUGUCUUCAUCACGGUCUGCGUCAGGAUCACCUGAGCCAGCACCGAAAAAACAUCAAGGACCUCCAUCUCCUACUCGGUCUCGUUCCCCUUCUGCAAACUGGUCACCUGCAAAAAAGGCUAAAAGCCCAACUCAGAGCCCAUCGCCUGCAAGGAAUUCAGAUCAAGAAGGGGGUGGAAAGAAGAAGAAGAAAAAGAAGGAUAAGAAGCAUAAAAAGGAUAAAAAGCACAAGAAACACAAAAAACAUAAGAAGGAGAAGGCUGCAGCGGCUGCAGCAGCUGCCGCUGUGGCUGCAGCAGAUACCACCUCGGCACAGGAAGACCAGGAAGCAGAGACAGAACCCAAAAAGGAGACAGAGAGUGAACCAGAAGACAACCUUGAUGAUCUAGAAAAACACCUGCGGGAGAAGGCACUGAGGUCAAUGAGGAAGGCGCAAGUGUCACCACCAUCCUAGGCUGAAUCCUUUGAUAUAAUGUACAUUUUAUUUGGUUUGUACUCAGAAUUCAAUUUCAAAUUGCUAAAUGUGUUUGAGCUUUAGAAUAUAACAUUUGUUGUAAUAAUUGCUAGGUUGAGGUUCACCAUGUACAAAGGGCAUGGAUUUACAUUACAAAAGGUGUCCACAGUGUACUAGUGACAUUCUUUCAUUGACAGUCAACAUAAUUUCAUUUAGAGUGAGACUUUUUAGAAGCAGUAGGAAUUUGUUUUGAAGGUUUUAAACAUGACCGUCGAUUCCCUAGUUUCUUUUGAAAUUCAACAAAGCCUUUAGCAUAAUUUGCGAGGGUCCCAUUUGACUUCUUUUGUAUCCACUUACAUUACGCUACUAACCUUUGUGGUUUGUAAGCUUGCCCAGAAGUAAAACCACUGCAGAAUUACCGAGGAAGUACGUAUAUUUUAAUGCUUUCUACUGUUGCCUGUAUAGUCUCCAUUAAAGCGAAUCAAGAAUAGCAGUUUAGAGUGGUACAUAAAUGAAAGCAUGUUGUUUACCAGGACACUGUGGGUUUAUAUUGAUGUAACAUGUUGAUUUGGAACACUGGAAUUUCAUUUGUAUUUUUAUGUUCUUUUUUUAAAGGGCAGUUUCCAUGAUCAGCAGUCCCAGAAAAAUUCCUUCAGUUACAUAAAUUUUGUUUGUGAGAUGUCGUUGCCCCGUUCAUAAAUCUUGUCUCGUUACGGUUCUUCUGAAUGGUAUAAGCAACUUUCAGAGAUGUGGUCUUUGAAAGCUUGAGGAACCUGAACUUUGGAUAUUGUCAUGUUUUCACUGUUUUUUGUUUUUGUUUUUUUAACUAAAGCUAUAUAAAGCUUGUGGAUUAAACAAAAUAAAUUUCUAAAUUUAAACAGAUGUUGGCUAUUUUUAUAUGAACAUUUACAUUUGCUAAUCAGCUUUCUUUUGUACAGGGUUAAUGAAUACAGGUAUGAAAAAGUAUUUGAUCCAGUAUGCCGGCCUCUGAAAAACUGGGGCUUUUGUUUUUAACUGUCCUGGGGUAGCAGAAACAGCCCUCUGUUAAUGCAGUGAUGCUCCAGUUGCGUCUGGAUUGGUGUUCUUGCAAAGCAAGAGUAAACCAGGCACCUGGUCAGCACUCUGUUAGGAUGGAUAAGCUUAAAACAAACAAACGACAUACUUGCUGGUGAAAAUGGCUUGUCAUAGCAAGUAAAACGUUUCAAGGUCCUGCAAGAAAUGAACGGCAGGCUUGCAUUAACUCAGUUCCAGGCUUUAGCCGUGUAAACUCUGGUUUGAAUGCUCCUCUGAAGACCCCGGGCGGCUCGCUGCCUCUCUCAUAAUCAUAUUUGAAACUUGCUGGAGUGCUACUGUCGGAUUUUUUUUUAAGAAAUUCCAGCUCUGUUGCUGAAACCAAGUCAAUUCUGAAGUCUAAGGUUCCUCUGGAAGGAGGAAUGGAACAUGCUCUUGAAAAUUUUUGUUCUGCAUCUGCAGUAGAUGUGUCGUGCACGAUUAAGUGUAGAUAUUUGAUUAGUCUUUUUACUUGACAUCGUGUAGGGUUUUAAAAUAAAACAGGUAUUAUGUAGAUACUGGAUGGAAGGGGAUCUCUUUAAAGUAGCUUCCUUCUGCACUUCCUUAUAUGCUGAAUCUUUUGUUUCUUAGCAGAAGUAUACAUUGUAUGCUAAAGUGCUUGUAAACUUAGUUCAACAACAUUUGAAUGUUGAGUAUCAUCUGUUAUUAAAUGUGUAUAAUAAAUUCCAAGAACUUUCUGGACAAACAC